UUGUAGAGCUGAAUACAUAUUGCCACAGAAGCUACAAACAGGAAUUUCCUGCCUGAUGGCUGUGUUAAUUUGAUUGAUAUCACACAAGGUGAUGCACAGACUCAUACCUAUGGCAGGAGCAUCGCUGGCUGACACUCACAUGCACCUCUUCCCACCCUGUGUGAUGCCAUGCUAUCUCUCUCCAACCCUCAAAGCUCCUCCUCAUUUGCUUUGCAUGAACCACCCAUAGCUUUAUAUAUAGAACCAUCCUGCGAUGAAAGACAGCUUCAGUUGGUUGAUUCUCUUCCCUGUGCCUCCUUGAAACUUCACCCUCAUCACCAUCUCUGCCACUGGGACCAUGAAAACCUGGGCAUGUCUUCUCCUGGCAGGAGCUUUCUGCAGCCUGGCAUCUGGAUCUUUAUAUGGCCCCCCUGAUUCCUGCAAAGGGCGAUGUAAUGAAAAAUACAAUCCAAAAGAUGUUUGCCACUGCAACAGCAAAUGUGAACGACACCAGAACUGUUGUGAAGACUACCAUAGCCAUUGCCAGCAAGCUAAUGCAGAUGGCAAAGAAACAGGCACAGUAUUUGAUGGGGAAUUCUCCAGUAGUGAUGAUGCAAUCACCAAUGAAGAAUUGCAACAAACAUCUGAGCAGCUUUACCAAAGUGACAUUAACAGAGCUGGGGAGGCUGAUAUCACCCUUAACAAGCAACACUUAGCUUCAAAGAAUCAGGAGAACAAGGACCAGUCACCAAAACCGCUCUUCAGCUACGUCAACCAGAAGCUCUUCUCCAAACCUACUUAUGCCAGUUUCAUUAAGCUGCUGGAUAAUUAUCAUAAAAGUGUAGGGACAGGGGAAGAAUUCACUGCUGAGCAACUGAAGGAGCAGGAUAACUUCCUGAGUGAGGUCAUGAAGACUGAGGUGAUGAAAGUGCUUUACAAAUUCCUGCACAGCAAACAUCGUUAUGGCACAGAGGCAGAGUUUGUUGCUGACCUAAAGGAGAUAUGGUUUGGCCUUUAUUCCAGGGGCAAGGAUGAGCAUGACUCCAGUGGCUUUGAACAUGUGUUUAUAGGGGAAGUCAAGAAAGGAAAAGUAUCUGGAUUCCACAACUGGAUUCGUUUUUAUCUGCUGGAGAAGCAGGGUAUAAUUAACUAUUUCAGCUACAACUAUGAUGGUCCGUGGACCUCGUACCCAGAUGUGUUGGGGCUGCAGUUCAAUUGGGAUGGAUUUUACAAGGAGGUUGGAACAGCCUUUAUUGGAAGCAGCCCUGAAUUGGAAUUUGGACUCUAUUCGCUGUGUUUCAUUGCUAGGCCUGGAAAAGUGUGUCAACUGAAAAUUGGGGGCCACGACCUGGGGAUUCAGACUUAUACCUGGGAUAAAUCCACCUAUGGAAAUGGGAAAAAGUACAUAGCCACAGCUUAUGUGGUUUCCCCAUGAUGCUACAAGAUCCUGAGUAUGAAAACAUCCUGAAUGGCCAGAUGCAGCCUGCAUGAUACAACCACAUUUGUCUGGGAGCUGCUCUACAUAGCCUUUCAUCUUUUGAUUGUACAUUUUUGUCUGUUUGUUUGCCUAAGUCAUAUGGAGUGUCCAACAGGUCUUCUGACUGGAACUCAUCUGUGACAGUGAGCACCAUUCAUGCUCCAAGUAAUACUCUGCUAGAAGUGACUCCACAUUUUGCCUAAAGCACAGUCCAAGGUGGAUUCACAAAAAACACCUGGAGAAUGUAAAUGGAAAGUGAAACAAUCAUCAUCAACAACAACUGGGGGAAAACAAACUUUUCUAUCCCACCAAUGUAAGAACAUAAGAGGAGCCUUACCGGAGGUCCAUCUCAUCCAGCCUCCUGUUCUCACAGUUGCCAACCAGAUGCCCAUGGAAAGCCCACAAGGAGGACAUGCACUGGGGUACCCUCCACAUUUUUGAUCCCCAGCAACUGGUAUUUAAAGGCAUGCCACUUCAGACACUGAAGGCAGUACACCACCACCAUCUCUAGGAAACACUGGUAGUCGUAUCCUUCUAUCUAAGGCAAAAUUUGGUAUAAAAAGGAGGUUCCUACCCCCAAGAAAUUUCACAGGCAGCCAAACUAGAGUCAAGAAUGCUAGCAACAUUUCUCAGCAAGGGUGGGUCCAGGGUUGAUGGUGUCCUCCAGGCAAAUAGUACUCUAGUGAGCCCCCUGAUCUGUCACUGGGUCCUCGAAGGCUGAUCUAGCUCUUGUGGC